AAAAACAUUUGUAUAAAUUAAAUAUAUUUCCAUGGUGAUGUAGUGCUUUGCUACCUUCGUGUGGUAUAUAACAACCAAAACGAUUCCGAUCAAACAGUAAUACCUGUCAUCCAAGUUAAGAUCAAAUAAAGAAACUAGCCGAUUCGCGUUAAAAGGGUUUUCUGGCAAUAAUGGAUGAAGAACCACACCUAACACUGACAUGGACGGAAAGCAGUAUUUUACAGGUGAUGCAAACUGUGUUAUCGGGGAUAGCCGUGAUACUGAACCUGUUGUAUCUCUUCGUCAUAAAAGCUAACGGUGAACGGCUAAACGCCACCGAAGUUCUUCAAGCAUGUAAAACAUUUCUGAUUCUGGCUACACUUCUCAUCACCAUGCCCAUGCAGAUCAUUGUUGUAAAUGGAAUCAAGCCAAACAAUCUAUCCAUAUGUCUCCUAAAAGACUUCAUGGAAAAGCUUCUGUUGGAUGCGUACCCCUUUGCAAUAAUGGCAGUCGCAAUAACUCGGUUCAGAGUUAGUAUGUGCAGAGGAAAUUCGGCAAUUCUAGUCACAAAUAUGUCCGCUAUUGUUACGUUUGCUCUUUGCCUUCUACCUACUUUCAUAUCAAGUUGUUCUAUGCUCUUUCUCUACUUCUACAAUAACGUGUACAAAAUAGACAGCAGAAAUGAUGAUCCGAAAGGAGAAAGUGUUAACGAAUGUAGAGAGGAUUUCAAUAGUAUGGUCAGAACGUUCCUCGAUGGUGUAUUCAUAGCAUUUGGAGUGAUACCUGUAAUUGUUACGAUAAGUAUUUACUAUCUGAUCAACCAUAAAGUAUCCCAUUACAGAUCUAAAACAAGCGUUGUCCUUACUGGACGAAGGCGCUGCAAGAGCACUGCGUUUGGUAUGCGUGAACAUAACAUGAAGGCGUCCAUGAUUUUACUGAUAACGAUCUUUCCAAUUACAUGGUUUUUUUAUAUGUUCCUUGCAGUUUUUAACAUUUAUCAUCCGGUUAAGCUAGUUUCGUUUUGUUUGAUAUUAUGGAAGCCGUUAUUAUUUGUUAUCCACCCACUUGCAGAAGGACUUCUUCUACAACAAAAACGGUACAAAAUUGUCAGGUUUUUUGCUGAAUACAAUGCCUGUAAACAAAAGGAACAUCAGAAAGUUAAUCCCAGGGUUGAAGUAUCGCCUGACUCUCCUGGCAUGAGACCUUCUCCAUUUGGUUCAUCUCAGAGCUAUGUAAAAAAAGAAAAUAUUGAAACAUUAUCAUUAUCGUCAAACAGUCAAAGAAGAUACAGCUCAUCAUCGAUCACUGAAGAUGUUAAGCUUAAAGAGGAAAUAUUUGAAGAAAGUAUCACACCACCCACCUGUCUCCACACCAGACGUACAGGUCAUCCCAUAGCAACGGUCUCUUUUACUGAGGUAAAUGCGGAGGAGGAGAAAAAUGAGGUAAAACCUGCGUCUGCACCUUCAUUUAUACAUGUUCAUAGUUGUUUUUCACAAGCGAGAGACUCUCAUUCUAUCUCGCCAUACCGACUACGAUGUGCUUUUGUUAACAACUCAUUAAUUGGCGAUAAAUUUGAUGAAGUAUUAUCAACUAAAACAUUUCAAUAUCCCAAAUCAUGUCUGAAGUCUUCCAAACAGAAACAAUCGGGAACGUUUUCAGACAAGCGUGCGUCGUUAGGCUCGUUAGGCUCCUACUUUCUACAGAAAGAUGUAUCGCCUUGCGCUUUCUCGCCAAUCCGUUUAAGCGAUCAUGUAGACGUAUCCCAACGAUUUUCCUCUAAACAUUCCGUUAGAUUUAUGUCUUCCCCAUUGCGAGAGAAAACAUAUGAUAACCAGGAAUCAAAAAUGAAACAAUAUUCGAACCUGAUAUCAGAACACUUUUAAAUAUGAUGUUCGAAUUAUUCUUUUUGUGAAUACGUAAACGAUGUUGCAAUGAUAUACGAUUCAUGCCAAGUGAUUCUGAAGGUGGUCAUAUCCCUGAAGGAUCUGAUCUAGAUGCAUACUUGUUAAGUUCAAUGUUGUUUUUGCAGAUGCAAGUUUCGUCAAUAUUUCUUUACUAGGGGAAUUUCUUAACUUGAAGUUUUUCAUUACAAAAUUAAGGGAAGGUUCGAUAAAUCAAAUUUACCCUGACAACAUGUUUGUUUGAUUUGUAAGGAUGUAUAUAGGCAAGAAUUAAUGAAUUACAGAAUGAAUGAAUUACACGAUGAAUGAAGAGCGGAUAAAAGAAUUAUUAAAUUUAAUGAAUUACAGAUUUACAGAAUUAAUGUACUACAGAAUGAAUGAAUUACAGAAUGAAUGAAAUACAGAAUGAAUGAAGAGUGGAUGAAGGAGUUAUAAGAAUUAAUAGAUUACAGAUUUACAGAAUGAAUGAAUUGUGGUGAAUGAGAGCCCUCUUGCAAGAGGACACUUAUUUGUACGGAUACUGAAUCUAGGGUCCCAACCUUGGCAGCAGUCUAUACAUGCAUGAAUGCCUGAAAAAAAUUUACCAUGAAAAGGGCAUUCCUUCGUUUGGAUAAAUUUUAGGUCGUCAAAAUCAAACUUACUGUAAACAAUUUUUCCCAUGUAAUAAAAUUUAUAAUCUUAACAUUAAUACGGCAGUUUUACUCUCAAGAUAAACCAAAGAUCUUCGAGUAUUUAGUCCUGAAAAUUCUUAAUUCGACCCGAAGUACCACUAAUUGCCGCAAAGACAUAUGGUAUUUGUCUACAAUACGUAUAUUUUUCCUGUACAUUUCGGCAUUAAUAUCAUUACUUGUAGGCACAAACACUUAUGUAAUCAUCGUUCGGACAUAGAUUUUAUCAAUAGAAAUUGUGCACGUUUCUCAUGACCGAACGAAGGAAUAUUUGAAUGUUUAACGUAGAAAAAUUGAAAGCGAAAUCCUUAGGUUAAGUAACGUUGAUAAAACCAGGGCCUAAUCUAUAUGUAGACUUGUUCAGUUUAACAUAUUUUUAGAAGACAAUGUGAGUUUAUGCAACAGAUUGAAUUGUUGGAAGGUUUGCUUCUUAAGUUCCCCUUGAAAUAAGUGUGGGAAAGGAGGUUCAUAUAAGCUUAUGUUUUGAACUGUUUUAUGUAAAUCUCAGAAACCACUCCCCUACCGUCUCUCAAAAAGAUGAUGAGCGUGUCUUUUAAGAACAUAACCCCCCUCCAAAAAAAAUUUGCAGAUUUUGUAUCAAUGAUGUUCCUCAAUACUCUGUAUUAAAAUGUCCAAAAGUGAAGAGACUUUAAAACAUAUCGGGGAAUCGGGAACGCCAAUUUUCAAACAAACAUCUACAGCAGCAACACUUUCGUUCUUCGUCAUUUUUCAUCAAAACAUAUCCGUUUCCUUAUACAUGGAUACUCUCCUUUAAACAUCCACAGUAAUUAAUUGUGCAUUCCAUCAUCAAAUUAUACUUUCAUAGCAAAUUUGUCUAAAGUUGACAGAUAUCCAGCUCUGACCAAAUUUAAUUUGCCCAAAAGUUACACAAUAUCUCUCGAUAUAUUCCGGAUAGUACCAGGCAAAGUUAGGUGAAUAGGGAGCGAUGUUAUUUCCGCAAUCAAUAUUUUUGGCACAUUACUUGAAGAACAAAACAUGUAUAAUGUCGUGUCAUGGUAAGUUUAAGUUUAUUUAUACUUUAUAUGGGUAAAUAGGGAACAACCAAACAGUCCUUGUGUAUAGAAAGUUGAGUCAAGGAUAAAAUGUCUGGCAGCCACUGAUUCGCCAGUAUGUUAUGAAGUAAGAAAAUAGAUAUGCAUUGUGGCAGAAUUUAGAGAGGAAUUUAGAUUCAGGAGGGAUUGAUAAUGAAAAUAUGACCCAUGUAGAGUUUUAAGGAGGACCAUAGACCAGGGAAGAUACGGACAUACAUUUUGUAUUUCAAUGGUAGCGGUAUAUAGCGUGGCUCGGGGUCCGGUGGUAUGUCUGGUUGUACUUUUGGCACUACCCCGGUUCAAUGUGUGGUGGUGUGUCUGGUUGUUCUGUUGUCAAUACCCGGGUUCGGUAUUCGGUGACGUGUUUGGUUGUUCUGUUGUCACUACCCCGGUUCAGUGUUUGGUGAUAUAUCUGAUUGUUUUGUUGUCACUAGCCCGGUUCCGUGUCCCGGGUUGGUGUUUCGACUCUUUUAUCUAAAUAAUGUCUCUAUUCCUGAUGUUUUUCUUCAUUUUUUUUUUUUUUU